GCUAGUAAGUGUCUGAGGUUGGGUUUGAACUCAGGUCCUCCUGAAUCCAAGGCUGGUUCCUUAUCCACUGCACCACCUAGCUGCCCCUAUAAUAAUUUUUAAUUGCCCAAUUAAAAAUCACUAUUUUCUUUUGCUCCCUCUAAAUUUUGGUAUCCUGAGAUAGAAUCCAGGUCUUUCUAUUCCAGUUCCAGCCCUGGUGAGAGACUAUACAUCAGUAAAUAUAAUGUCUGUACACAAGAGAGAGAAAAGUGGAAGUAGGGAUUUGGAAGAAGCAUCUUUAAUAGCUUUGUAUCACCCUGGGAUUGUUUAUUCUCUUGGCUCUCAUGCUUUUGGCAAAAAGCCAGUGUGGGAGAGAUCAGGAAGGUUGUCCUUUUAGACACCUACUUUGGAAGGUAUAUCCUUCAGGUGGCAUUAGGCACCCCACUCCCUGUCUGCCCACGGCUGGAUCCAGAGGGAAGAACAUUUUUGCAUGUGUGGGUGACAUUCUUGUUUCAAGGGAAUGGUCGAUGAUGUUAUUUUUGCUUCCCACAAAUGGAGAUGUUUAAAAUAGGGCUUUAUUCCAUCGGCAUAAGUGACACAUAGCCUAUGUAUAGUGGGGAAGUAAGGUCCUGGCAGAUGGAGAGGAUUUGAUCUCCACAAAACACAAGAGCUGUGGAUGCUGGAGAUCACAACCAGGGGAGAGCUGCUUCAGGGAUCACCAGCCAAGAGCCCCAAUCUCCGGCUGCCCCAUCCUUCUUCCCAGACCACUGGAUGGACUGAAUGGAUGAACCACCAAGCCAGUGAGCUGGGAUUUGGGCUUCACUUCCGGAGGGUAUGCCACUGGGUUGUGUUUCCUCUUUGAACCUCCCUCCAAGCUGCAUGGUACUGAUGAAGGGUAAACUGCGUUGUUCUUGAGUGUCUUUUGACUUGGUGCCCUGAAGCUCUGGAGGAGGGCCAGUGUAAUCUAAUCAGGGGACUGCAGCUGAAGCUAUAUUUAAUUAGGGGUUUAUUGUCUGGCCAUGGUUUCACAAAUUGGGAGACCUUUGGAAACUUUUGUUGGGGGGAAUGGAGGUGGAGUGCCCGUUUCUGCUUUCAACCCCUUCCAAUUUCUCCAACUUAGUAACUAUAUUGGAAAAGUUUUACAAAACCUCGCUUGCUUGGUUCUGUGAAAAAAUACCCCUUUGUCCUUUUUGUUGUCUCUAAGAAGAUUCUAGAAGAGAUUUUCCAAACAGCACUGGGAAUUGAGGGGGGAAGGUUAGAGAGGGUAACUUUGGGAUAUGUAGAAAAGGAUCGCUUCCUCUAUUAACACCUUUAUUGUCAGAAGCCAUCCUCUUCAGAUGCUAAGAGGAAUUGGAUGACUUUCCAAGAGAAAGUUAUGCCCAAGGGAAAUCUUGAAACUUUCCCAGAAUUUCUGUGCAUGUGACUUUAAAGAGAUGCAAUGAAAAAAUGGGAGAAAGAGAAAAGCCCCAUUAAUUUGGGACUUUGAGGGGCAAAAGAGAUGGGGAAGCUGAAGGAUAAUUUACUAUUUCCUCAACCCAUCUAAAGUAGAGAUUGUAGUCUGUUCUGAUUGUUUUGAAUAAAAAACAUAUGACUCCCCUCAAUUACACCUCCCAACCCUUCUCUCUCUCUGUGUGUCUCUGUCUCUUUGUCCCUCUCUCUCUCUGUCUCUCCCCCCUGCCUCUGUGUCUCCCUGUCUCUGUCUCUGUGUGUCUCUCUGUCUCUGUCUCUCAAAAUUCUCUGUCGAGCCUAUCCUCUUCAUCCAGAAGUUUGGUUUCAGUAUGCCUGGAGACUGGACACUAAAAAUAUUUCUGGAAUGACGUGAACCUCUCUCACCCCAUUCAGGACCUGGACGAGGCUACAGAAGAACCAACACAUGCUUUCCCUUCAUUUCUGGGUGUCUCCGGGUCGGGCUACAGAUGCUGCUCCUUCUGUUACCAAUGGCAUUCGGUCUCAUAGCUGCAGACAGUGCCAAGCCAACAACUGUACGGGAAAGCUCAGCUACAAGACCCUGGCAGCUAUCACCGCAGGAGCAGCAGCCCCCCCAGCACAGCCCACUGCAGCCACCUCCGCCACCCCAUCCAGGGGCCUUCCCGUCUCCCUUGGGUUUGCCCGGGCCACGCCACAGGGGCUGAAGAAGUUGAAGUUGGUAUCAGUGGCAAAAGUGUCCCCAGCUGGGGGGCUGUUCCGGGCACGUGGGCCCCUUCUCCAGGCAACUCUUCGUCCCAGAGGGGGCCACCAGAGUAGGAUCCAAGACACCUUCGGCUCUCACCACUGUCUCCUCCUGUCACUGCGGCCUGAGGAAGGGAUCAGUAUGGAAGUGACCACUCCUGACCUAGUGAAGCAGCCCAAAGUGAGUGAAAUCGGGGAUGGGGAGGGCAGCCGCCAAGGCAGCCAAGACCUCAAACAGCCGCAGCUGACGCUUGCAAAGCCACCCGGGGAAGCGAAAUAUGUGGAGAUCUGUGGCCCGGGAGGAACAGCCAGAGAAAGCCCCGGGACUUCGACCUUAACUCCGGUAGGGGACCGUGGGAACCCUCAGAGCGGAGCCAGCAGCCCCCCGGAGGAGCCCCCGGCCCGCACUCCCCAGACUCCUACCUCCUCGGAGCUCGCUGGCUUCCAGCUCUCCUGCAGCCGUGGGGGUGCCAAGUCCAUUUCUUCUUUCUCCUCGUCCCCAGCGGAUAAGGUAGGGGAAGCCUGCUCCCCUCACCUGGACGACACGCCCACUUCCAUUGGGGGUCUAGCCUCAUCGUCUUCUUCCUUAGGUUUCGAGAGUGAGAGCGGUGAGGGCAGCGACAGCGAGCCCAGCGGCCCGGAGAUUUCCAACCCAGCCCACCGGCCCAGAGGGGGAGAAGGAGGAAAAGCAAGAGGAGGAGCAGGAAGAGGAGGCCCAGCAGGGCUCAGGGCCACCCCUGCCAAGUCCCAGGGCUGCGGCCACCCCCCACCGCAGGAGGAGGCUCACUACAUCACCACCCAUGAGAUCCAGCUGAGUGAAGUCGAGCAGGACACAGACUUUGACCUCGGGUUGGCCUCCCGGUGGGACUUCGAGGACAACAACGUGAUCUAUUCCUUCGUUGACUACGCUUCCUUUGGUGGUAGUGAUGAGACCCCCGGGGACGACACCACCCCGACCGAAGACAGCUGCUACCUGAGCACCGGCCCGAGCACCAGUGCCACCAGGACUCCCACCCCCAUCAGCAGCGAGCCAGGGCACGCAACCAUGGCCAGCGAUGGCCGUGACACCAGCAGCACUGAAGUGGGCAGCACCCUCUCUGAAAGUGACACCGAUACGGCUGCUGCUGCCACCCCCCCUUGUGAGCCCCCAGGCGAGCCCCAGAAGGCAGCUCCAGCAGCAGCAGCAGCGGCAGCAGCAGCAGCAGCAGCAGCAGCCCCGAGCAGCUGUGGGAACGCUCCAGGCCAGAUCCGCCUAUCAAUCAAACCAACUUCCCGGGCUAUAAAUGAGCCUAGCAACGUGCGGGCAAAGCAAAACAUUAUUCACGCUGCCAAGCAUGAAGGCGAAAUGAGCCUCCGAGUCUCUUCAGCUGCUGAACACAAUUCAAAUCCGCCCAAGCCGCACCCGGCUGCAGCAACAGCCCAAGACCAUGCAAAGAAAUUUAUCGCCGUACCUGCCCGCCUGCAGACCCGCUGCGGGGCCAUCCGGGCCAAGGAGCUGGCGGACUACUCCAGCGGGGCGUCCAGUGCGGUCAGCGAGCUGGACGAUGCAGAUAAAGAGGUGCGUAACCUGACGUCCCGAGCCUUCCGGAGCCUGGCUUACCCUUACUUUGAGGCCCUUAACAUCAGCUCCCGGGCUUCCUCCGCAGCCCUCUCCGACGUGGGCUUUGGCCGCUGGUCGACCUUCCUGGAUCUCAAAUGCGGGGGGCUGGGGGCCAGGGUGGAGCAGAGCCUGCUGAAGAACAGCGCUGCGGCCGUGGCUGCAGGGCUGCGGAAGGGGACUGGGGCCAGGAGCUCGGCCGCAGACCAACUCUACAUCCAGUCCAAGAAGGCUCAGACCAAGGCCCUGGAGUUUGUGGUCAGCAAGGUGGACGGGGAGAUCACCCACGUGGAGACGCCCCUGUGCUUCCAGAAACAGGUCCAGAGUGGCUCCCGGAUCGUCACCCUCUUGGAGACGCUCAAUCUCCGCAGCGAGAGCAAAGCGAGCUCCGUGGCUGGGUCCGGGAAAAAAGGUGCCAACAAGGCCCCGGGCUCAGUUUACACGGAUGACGAGGGCUCGGAGGCCUCGGAGAGCGUCAAGCCUUCCUCCCGGGCAGAAGGGACUCAGAAAAAGUCCAAAUUUGCUUCCAGCCUUCUCAAAAAUGUCAUCUCCAAGAAGAUGCAGCGGGAGAAGGAGUUCAAGAUGGAGCGGGGGGAAGUCUCGGACACAUCCCACAAGAAGCCCCCUGGCUCGUCCAGGGAGCCCGAGGACUCGUCGGCUUGGGAGAAGCCCCCCGAGAAGGGGCUGCAGAGACAGAGUUCCCACUACUCCGAGGCCAGCUCUGAGUACACAGUGGUCAGCGUCUCGGACGCUGGCGGGGACACUCCACUCUCCGAAGACAAGUCUCCAGUUUUCCAAGCGAGCUCUCCCCGGGAAAGCGGAGCCGGCUCCAGGAGACCCUUGGCUGACCACCGCCCGGAAGAGGUGUGCGGAAUUAAGAAGGGCGCCUCCGAAACCGUCAAGGGCAUCUUCCUUCGCAGCCAGAACAGCGCCUUUAGGUCCUGGAAGGAGAGGGACGGGGAGAAACUGGAGGAGAAGGCCCCCAUCCGGAAGCUGAAGCUCUCCAAAGGUGGGGACUGGAAGGCUGACCUUGGGGAGAUUUCGGCUAGCAAGUCGACCAUCAUGUCCCGGCUCUUCGUCCCCACCAUCCAGCACACUCCCAAAGACAAACAACCGGGCAAACAGGCCACUAAAUAUCCUACGGCCCAGGCUGCCUCCACAGCUGUGAUCAAACCCAAAGUCCCUGAAAUCAAGAUCCGCCUGGGCAGCGUGCAGGAGCCCAGCGCCGACUUCAAUAUAGCCAAGUUACUCACCCCGAAGCUGGCAGGCGGCAGCACUUCGACGCUCUUCAAGACCACCGAGGACCACAGCAGAGCGCAGCAGAAACUGUUCCGGGGGGACAGCUUGGAAAAGGUGCCUCAGUUCCAGGUACGGGACGUGAGGGAGAAAUCCAAAGCUCAAGGGCCGCUCCACCAGGUGAGAGACGUCAGGAAAUUGAUCAAAGGAUCGGGAGAAAGCAGUGAUAAAGGCAGCGUUACCCCGGAACAGGGAACCUCGGGACCGAAACCCAGGCAGCUCUCUGCGGGCGGCGGCCCGCCCAAGUCCCUGUCCCCGAUGGUGAUCACGUGCCAGGCGGUAGCGAGCCACAGAGAAGAAGGCAUGGACCGAGAUCUAAGGGAUGGCGCGGGGAAAGCUGCCACUAGGACCCUUCCCUCUUCUUCUCCUGAAGGUACAGUCUUAGUUCACAGGGCAUCCGGUCGGUUACCCGUGGCCACCAUUGCUCCCAAUAAGACCGAACACGGUUCCCACCUGCCGGUACUAAAGAUUGUCUCCAAGGCGUCUGCGCAGAAGUCACCAGAAAAGGCCCGAGAAGAAGAGGUCAAGGAGGAAGUCAAAGCCCCCAAGCCGACACGCAACGCCCUGGAGAAGCUCACGGCGGCCGUGAGGUCGAUGGAGGAGCUGUACAGUUUCAAUAGGUAUGAAUGGAAGCGUAAGAGUGACCCGCUGCCCAUGAUGACCGACAGUCACGUGCUGUCCCUCAUCGAGAGCGAAGAACGCGAAGGCAAUGGGGGAGAAGCCGGCAAGCCGGCCAAGAGGCUGGUCGAGGUAGAAGACCGAGGGCCCGGGGGGAAGAGCGGGGUGCUCAUGAGGGGGGUGGCCCCAGAACGCCUUCAGCGAAGAAACUCCAACCCCAAUGCUGAGAGUGUGUCGGCCAGGGCUGCGGCCUUUGAGAACAUGGCUAGGGAAAGGCCCCGGUCUCUCUACAUCCCCCCAGCCCACAAAGACGCGGAGAGGACCCAGCCUCUGCAGCCCUUACCUCCCUUGCCCAGCAGCCGAAACACCUUCACAGUAAGUACCCAGAAAACAGCUGUAGUGGCGGGCGGGAUCGCGGGCAAGUUCCCUCAAGGGCCUGCCCAGGAGAGCUCUUCCGUGGCUAAGGGGAUCAAAUCCCAGGGCCUCCGCUCCCUCAAGAUCUCUCCGGCCACCCGAGCACUGCCCACGGAAGGCACUAGCAAGAAGAGCGGCAGUGACGGGGAUAAGGGCUUGGACUCAGCCGGCAGUGACGGGGGGAGCUACCUGCCCGGCCCUCUCAAAGGGAACGUGGGGGGUGCCGAGGUGCCCGGAAGAGCAGGAGCCGCGGCUUCCUCUGCGGCCACCCUCUGUAGCCUGCCGCCCCUGAGUGCCCGCAGCCAGGUCCCCGGCGGUGCCAAGGGCGCCCAGAGCAGUGGGGUCAGUCGGCCCAGCUGGCGGAAUAAAACAGACGGUGCCCGGGACCCGGCCUCCACUGCCCCAGCCGUAGCCCAGAGCCCCGAGCAGCCCCCGACGGCAGUCUAUCACCAGCAGUCACUGCCUUUCUCCCUGCACGGGGCCCAAGCACAGGUUCUGUGUUUCUCCCCUCCCGGCAUCUCUGCCCCGCCCCCUGCAACAGCAGCUCCGGGCCCAACCGACCCCUUCCAGCAGCCGCAGCCUCAGCAAACCCAGCGGAAGAUGCUCCUAGACCUGACCACUGGCCAGUACUACCUGGUAGACACACCGGUUCAACCCAUGACCCGCAGGCUGUUUGACCCGGAGACUGGGCAGUAUGUAGAUGUCCCCAUGACCUCCCAGCAGCAGGCAGUGACUCCCAUGUCCAUCCCCGUCCCCCCUUUAGCUUUGAGCCCUGGUGCCUACGGCCCCACCUACAUGAUCUACCCUGGGUUCCUGCCUCCAAUGCUGCCCCCCAAUGCCCUGCAGCCGCCGACCCUCACCCGUGCUCCUGGAGGAAGUGAACUCUCUCCCCUGACUAGAGAUCCCUCUGGCAAAGAUGCAGCAGCCCCCAGAGAUAUGGCUUUUGCCGAGACCCCGUAUUUUAUCGCCAUGGGCCAGCCUUCCUCCUCUACUUCAUCCUCUGGCCCCGCCGCAACCUCCCAGCUUGUAGGCGCCAAGGGCUUCGCCCAGGUGCACGGCAAGCCUGUCAUCAGCAUCACCUCACAGCCAAUGGGGCCAAGGAUCAUCACGCCCCCAUCUUUCGAUGGUACCACCAUGAGCUUCGUGGUGGAACACAGAUGAUGAGCAAAAACAUUUCCGGGAAAACAAAUGGAAGCAGCUCCUGGAGCAAGGUGGAAGGACUCUCCUCAUUUAAUCUGGGAAUCACCUUCCAACAGCACUAAGAAUUCAUCUGUAAAACGGCUUCUACCUUUUUUUCCCCUCAUUUUUUGCUCCAUUCAAACCAAGUGUGUAAGUUUCUUGUUUUCCAGGCAGUAUACAUCAUUGUAGUUUUAUGAAGCAAGUUAAAAUAACACUAAGCCUUUUUUUCUCUGUAAAAUUGUUUCUUUUUAUAUUGAAUUCAGAAUGUAAGCUUCAUAUUUGUCCCUGAGGUAAAAGUCCUUGAAAUGUUCACAGGGUUCAAUUAAAACUUGCAAAUGAAAGGUGCUAGUUCUGCUAUACAGGGCUUCUGAAACAGCUCAGCCAAUCAGACAAAAAUAUCUGUUUGGAUCAGAGAAGCAUUCUUAUUGGGACUUGGAAUCUUAGGGGAUUCUCUGGGGGAAUCACAGAACACAUCUGGAUUUCAGAUGUGCCAAGGAAGUACUUUGGAUAGCACUGCGAGAACGUAUAGUUACUCUCUGGUGUUUGUUUCAUGAGUUAUUUUAAAGGAUUUGGUAUGAUUUUAAAAGUGAUUAUGAAAAGAAAUAAGGGUUUUCUUUUUCUCCUUUGUACUGUGCUAUGUCACUUGAAAAUUGGACAGGUUGAACGUACUAGGAAGUCAAUGAGUGAAUUUGAAAUUAAGUUCUUUGUCCCAUAAGGGGACGUUUUUCUUUCAGAAUGCAGGCUUUUGAUACAAGUUUGGAAUGUCUGGGUUGUUUUCUUUUACCUUUCCCAUUUUAAUGAUUCCCCUCGAUAGCUGCUUGCUUUUCUGGUACACUGAACAAUAUAGAAAGUUUGGGGUAACAGAAUGAGAUGUCACUAGGAGCUCAGGUGGGUCUGCGUCCCUGUGGCCAGUCUGCACGGCUGCAAACAAUGAUGGAAGAGUCUAGUUCCUAAACAGCAUCACCAGACCUGUUGAAUCUUUCCAUUGCCUCUAAUUAUGCCUCAGUUGUAUAGACACUGCCUUAGUCAUAUCAUUAUUCUGAGGGAGAUAUAAGGAAGACUAUCCUACAAAUCUUCAACAGUCAUAAAUAACGAGAGAAUAUGGAUCGCUUGCCCUAUCUGAGGUAGUAUUAAACAGCUUAUUGAGAAAAAAAUUAUUUUAAUUGCCUCCCAAUCUGAUUUUUGAGAUGCUAAAACAAAUAUCCCCGUAGAUUUCUCUCAAGGAAUUUCUUUUCCUGUUCUGGGUUGUUCAAAAUAAAAACCUAGCAAUUUAAAAUAUUACCCUUGGCUUGAGAAUAUGACCCAACAAUAUCGUUUUCUCUUUAGAAUAGCUUCUGAGAACACCACCACCACUUUCUUGGCGUAGGACACAAGGUUGCGUGGCUCAUGGUACUGGUCUCCUCCCACUAUAGUCACACCUCUUAUCUGUCAGACCUGCUAAUCAUUAGUGAAAAGAAUCCCACUGUGUAAAUGUGGGGGCUCCCUUGAGAGAUCCUAAUCUAGAAAUAAGUUCCACUGAGCAUGGAAGAAGUAGGAGCCAAUUCUCUCUGGCUGAGAAUCCGACUAUGAAGGAAACAAGGUUUAGAAUGUGGUGGCGGCAUGCUCUCAGGAAUCCCCUGGAAAUACUGUUGCGAUGUGUUCGGCCUAAAGGCCACAGGCCUUGAUUUGUCUUUUGCGUUUAAGUCCUGUCUGAAAGCAUCAUUUAAUUUUGUCAUGCUGAGCUAUGCCUGCUCUUAUAAGACGUAUACCUCUUGCUGACGGCAGUGACUGACUCUGAGGUCAUGAGUGAUUUGCCCAAGGCCCUCGGUGAGUCACCUUGCUAUAUCCAGACUCCUUCUCAUGAAACAUUAGUGGGGAGGCCAAACCUCGGCUCCAAGUGCUAGCAGCACUAAUGCAGUUGUCAGUGGAAGCUGAAGCCCACAGAUGUCAUGAGUGAUUUGCCCAACAUUGCUCAGGUCAUUGGUAGGGAAUCCUAAGCCCCCGGGGAGUAGAGAUGUGGCCUUCAGUGGGACUAACAGCCUCAGAAACUCUUCACGGCAGAUUUAAGCCUUAACUUUUCACAUUGGGAAAAGACUUGAGUUCUAUAGGAAAUAUCGCUUCUUGUUUUUUUGUCCAGAUGAUACUAAGUGCUUGAGUAAUCUCACUUUAUUGAUUUCUAUAGGAUAUAGAAUGAGAUGGAUAAUUAAGGGGCAAAAUGAUGAGAACACAGAUCCAAUGACUGCUGAAAUUGAUUUUACGCCAGCUAUUACUAAUUCCAAUGCUCUGAUCUUAAUAAAAUAAAUGCCUUAUGCCAGGGUCACCACACAAUUCACUACCUCAAGUCAGAGGGUAGGAGAGAUUUUUUAAACCUUUUAAGUUAAAUUUUUUUAAUUUUAAAAUUUAGAAUUAAAAAAUUUUAAUAUAAAGCUAUUCUUGAUGUUGUAUUACUUUGUCAUCUCUUGAGGUUGCAUUAAAUAUUGAUGGACAAGGGCAGCUAGGUGGCACAGUAGAUAAAGCACCAGCCUUGGAUUCAGGAGGACCUGAGUUCGGGUCCAGCCUCAGACACUUGACACUCACUUACUAGGUGUGUGACCCUAGACAAG